AUGGUACAGGAGGGAGAGCAGGCACGAGCCCUCUUCGAGAAGGUCAAAAAGUUCCGUGCGCACGUGGAGUGCAGCGAGAGUGUGCACGCGCUCUACCUGCGGCAGGCGUGGCUGCGUGCGGCGCUGCUGGCGGGCGCGCUGGCGCUCACGCUGGCGUCGGCACGGGGGAUCCGCUUCGACGUGGAUUGCGCCGUGAGCCUGCGGGAGUUCACCGGCUACCGCGUGUACCGCUGCGCCCACCCCCUAGCUACGCUGUUCAGGGUGCUAUGCCUGCUGUACGUGGCCCUGCUGUUGUUCUACGGGGCUGUGUGCGUGUACACGCUGCUGUGGAUGGUGGUGGGACGCUCUCUGAAGCGGUACUCGUUUGAGAACGCACGCGAGGAGAGCGCCUUCAGUGACAUCCCGGACGUGAAGAACGACUUUGCUUUCCUGCUCCACCUUAUUGACCAGGUUGACCCCCUGUACUCGAAACGCUUCGCCGUGUUCCUGUCCGAGGUGAGUGAGAACAAACUGCGUCAGAUGAACCUGAACCACGAGUGGACCCCCGACAAGCUGCGGCAGAAGAUCGGCCGCUCGGCAAGCGGCGGCCGUGCCGAGCUGCACCUCUUCAUGCUCGCAGGCCUGCCGGACGGCGUGUUCGAGGUGGUGGAGUUGGAGUCGCUGCGUCUGGAGCUGCUGUGCGAGGCCGCGUUGUCCCCGGCGGUGGCGCGACUCGUGAACUUGCGGGAGCUGAGCCUGCUCCACACGCCCACGCGGACCGACCCCUCCGCCCUCGCCUUCCUCGGAGACCGCCUCAAGGUCCUGCAUCUGAAGUUUUCAGAGCUGAGCGAGGUGCCCGCCUGGGUCUGGAGUCUCAAGAACCUGGAGGAGCUGCACCUCACGAGCAGCCUGGGGGCAGGAGACCCGUCACAGCAGCGCGUCGGCCUCGCCACGCUAGACAACCUACGUGGGCUACGUGCGCUGCGCUCGCUCUCGCUGCGCCUGGGGCUGCCGCGGCUGCCGCUGGCGCUAGGGGAGCCGGGGGGCCCGGCGCUGCGCCGCCUCUGCGUGGACAACGAGGGGGCGCCGCUCGCCGUGCCCGCCGCCGCCGGCGCCCUCCGCCGCAUGGCCGGCCUCGCGGCGCUGGCGCUGACGCACUGCGAGCUGGAGCGCGUGCCACACGCAGCCUUCACGCUCGCCAAACUGCAGGAGCUGGACCUACGUGGCAACAGCCUGCGCUCCAUCGACGAGGCGACUGCGCUGGGCCUGCAGCGUCUGCCGCUGCUCACCACGCUGCGUCUGUGGCACAACCGCAUCGCGUGCCUGGCGCCCCAGCUGGGGGCGCUGGCGGCGCUGGAGGAGCUCACGCUGGCGCACAACCGCCUGUCCCGCCUGCCCCCCGAGCUGUUCCGCUGCGGGCGGCUGCAGCGGCUGGACGUGUCGCACAACCGCAUCGAGGAGUUGCCGCCCCAGGUGGGCCUCCUGCAGAGCCUGCAGUGGCUUAGCGUGGCCGACAACAAGCUGGAACAGCUGCCCCCCGAGCUCUUCGACUGCCGCUCUCUGCGCUGUCUGGACGUGUCUCGCAACGCUUUGCCGGCGCUACCCGCCGGCGUCUCCCGCCUGCCGGCGCUACGCCGCCUCGACGUUCGCGGCAACGCGCUGCCGGCGCUGCCCGCCGAGUUGGGCGCCUGCCCCGCGCUGCGGCGGCCGGGGCUGCUGGCCGAGGAUCGGCUGUACGAGGCCUUGCCGGGACGCGUGCGGGACCGCCUCGCGGGGCCGCCCGACGGAGAUGGUGCCGCCGAUGACGACGGUGACGACGGCGGCGAUUUCGGCAACACGAACGGCAACAACAACAACAACAGCGCCACCACCACCGCUGCCACCACCAGCGCCAACGGCAACAACAACAACAACAACAGCAACGGCAGCGCCACCACCGCCGCUGCCACCACCAGCGCCAACGGCAAUAACAACAACGACGGUGGCGGUGGCGACGCAAACAGCGGCAACACGAACAGCCGCAGUGCCACGACCACCACCGCCACCGCCGCCACCACCGCCACCACCGCCACCACCGCCACCACCGCCACCACCGCCACCACCGCCAACGGCAACACGAACAGCGGCAGAGCCGCUGGUGCCGCUGGAAGGAGCGAGCUUCGUUGGGGCGAGGAGGCGGAGGAGGAGGAGGGGUGGAUCGACGGUUGAACGAGCGGCUCGCCCGCCAUGGAUUCCACACCGACUUUGUGUUCGCGUUGGCAGGUUGUUGUUGUUGUUGUUGCGCUCGCUCGCUCGCUCGCUCGCUCGGUCGGUCGCCAACCACGACAACCGCUUCUGCGGAGGUUGAGGG